AUGCCAUCUCAACAUCAGCAAGGAAACAGCCAGAUGUCGCAGCAACAACAACAGAUGCCGUCUCAACAUCAGCAAGGAAAUCUGCAAAUGCCGCCGCCGCAACAUCUGGGCAAACUGCAAAUGCCGCAGCAACAGCAUCCGGGACAAACACAGAUGACUCAACAGCAGCAGCAGCAACAACAACAACAAUAUCCCGGCAAGCCACAAAUGCCGCAGCAGCCGCAACAUUAUCCAGGAAACCCGCAAAUGCCUCAACAACAUCAUCCGGGCCAGCAACAGAUGUCGCAACAGCAGCAACCUUCGCAACUACCGCAACCUCCACUGCUAACAAAACCUGUAUUACCGCCGCAACAGCCACCACCAAUGGGAGGAAAACCGGGCAUGAUGCCUCAAAAGCCUACCGGAAAACUUCAACAGCAACAACCUCAACAAACAUUUCAACAACACCUUCUAAUGCAGCAACUAAGUCAGCCAUUGAUGAAGCCAAUGCCUCAGAUGCAUCAGCAGCAGCAAGCUCAGGCAUCGAAGCCAAAAACACCGCAAACUCCACAACAACAAAUGGCAGCGCAAACUUCAAUGCAACCGCCGCAACUGCCGGGAAAGCAUAAUCAACAGUCAUCGAUGCCACCGCCGCAGCAACCAAUGAAUAAUUCGCCACAGAUUCAGUCGUCACCUCAUAUGACGAACUCGCCGAAUCAUGCCUCAAAAAUUCCGCAAUCGCCAUUGGCGCAACCGUCACCAAAGCAAGCAAGAACAUCGUCGCCGAUGCAGCGGCAAAUGAUUCCGCCAUCAUCAUCGUCGCCGAUUCCUCGCCAAACAAUGCCGCCGCCAACGAAUUCGCCAAUGCAACGCCAAUCCAUUCAGCCUUCGCCGUCGCAGCAUGCGCCAUCACCAUUAGUGAUGGGGCAACCACAACAGAGACCACCUUCAAACGCCUCGAAUCCACGGCCGCCUUCCACGACGGGUCAGAAUCGAUCGGCUCGAAGCACACCAAUUCCGAAACCGGCCUCUGUGGGACCACCAAGUGUGACAGCACCCAGUACGACAUCAGCACCAAAUGUGACUUCAGCAGCUGGUGUGACGACUGCUCCGCCCGUAACAACAACGCCAGCCACCACCAAAUCAACGACUCCUGUGCCAGUUGCGCCGACGGCGCCACUAGAUCCAUUUGGUGAAACGGAACCUAUUCCAGCCGCAAAGUUAAUGGUAAAGGCAACGCAGGCACAGACAAACGAUGCCAUGACGAGAUGCAGUAAUUGUCUUUAUCUUAUUCGAAAGCUACGAGCAAUGUUGUUAAAAGUGCAAAAUGUUGCGCUCGCUACAGAUUUUGAUCACGAUCAGAACCCUGCUGUAGACAGAUACAAACUCGCCUCGCAAAUAAUGAAUGACAUUAAAAACAUAUACGAAAGACUGGAAGGACAAGCUCUCAAGAUACCGCACAUUUUUGCGUUGCCUGAUGAGAAUCCGUAUAGAGAAUUUCUUAAAGAAGCUCAUAUGAUUAAAAGUGUGCCUCCAGCUGCGCAUCCUGAAUUAGAAUUCAUUGCCGAUGACAUGAUUGAUGCAACAAACUGGAACGAAGGAAAUUAUCAAAUGUAUUAUUACGUGUCGGAACUAAUGCGAUCUGGUGUUCGGAGGCGGUAUACGUCCUACUCAAUUCGUCCGUUGGUCUUAACAUGCGGCGCUGUAGCUCAUUCAAGUACUACUGGCAACAUUGGGGCAUUCUGCUUUGAACAAGCUGUUCGCGGUAUGAAGAAGGAGAUUCAGCAGAAAGGACUGGGAAUUAGUGUGAAAGUCUUGAAAACAUCGUCGGCGAACAUGGUCGUUGAGUUCAAAUAUAGUGUUUCGGGACCGGAUAAAACAGACAAAACUCCAGUGUGCUUGAUGAAGUUCCUAAUUAUUGCCUCAAACGGACAUUUACAAUAUAUUAACAUUAUUGCGCCGUUUGAAGAAUGGCACGAAGAAAAGGAUUUUGGCGGGAAAGUGCUUGAUCCAACUCAUCCGUCUAGAUACGAUAUUUAUCGAAAACUAACCUAUGAAGCGAAUCGGCAUCUUCGUCAUUCGUUUUCGUUUACUAACCGUUGGUCGGCAACUACUUUAACGCAGGUCGUUACAAUUUUCUUAAAGCUUCGCGACGUUUUCGAUUUUCGUUGUAAAAAUUGCAAGAAUAUCCUAAAAGGAUGGCAACCGCCAACUCAUUUCGAUAUUCGUCAGCCAAGAGAGACAGCUGUUCAUGAUUCUUGCCUUUAG